UGAUUCCUCCUCCCUUUGGCCACAACCUCCUUGUCCUUAUCGAAAGUCGUCGACAAGACGCUGACCAUUCCACGCGUCGCUAUCUCUGAGGAUGCCUUGCCGUUGAGUCGCACGUCUUUGGAAUCAGCUGCGCCUUGAUUGACACAACUACAACACUCGCUCGUCCUGCGAAUCCCUCCGCACCACCCACUUACCUCGCCACCAUGAAGAACCCUCAACCCCUCCGAUUCUCAACCAACCUUCUCUUCUCCUCAUUACUCUCCGUCGUCCUCUUCACAUCUACGACCUGGGCCCAUGGCGGACAUCCUGACAAAAUCCCUGAAGGCGAAGCCAUCUCGCCUGACCCACUCGACUCUCGCCUGUGGAUUCAUAUUCUGUUGAUGGUUUUGUCCUUUGGCCUCAUCUUCCCUUAUGGCAUGGUCCUCGGUAUUGUGCGCAGUCGCUGGCAUGUCCCUGUACAGAUUGUGGGAACCAUCGUUGCCACCGUGGCCUACUUCCUUGGCCAUAUGCACAAAGGUCGCCAGUUCCGCCAUCCCAAUGUUCACGCCAGUUUUGCCAACAGUUUGGUCCUCAUGUUGAUUGUUCAGGUUGGACUCGGAGUAGGAUUGAAACUGCACCUGGAAAACAAGAGCGGAUGGGUCGGACGAGUCUUUGGUGGGAAAGUUGGGAAGAGUGGCCGACGCGGCGUGGUCCUCAUCCAUGGCUGGAUUGGAAAACUCAUGCCGAUUGUCAGUUGGGUCCAGAUGUUAUUUGGCGGCAUUGUCGCUAUGGGCUAUUGUCGCGGGGAUCAUCUCGGCCAGUGCCUGGCUCAUUUCAUCAUGGGCUCUGCCUUCAUCGGGUAUGGUAUCAUCAUGACAUUGUUGCUGCUCGUGGGGCAGGCAUGGUUACGGACCACCGGGAGGAGCCAGGAAUUCUUCGACUCCAUCAUCAUUGCCGCUUGGGGCUGUGUUAAUACUUUCACCGAACAUCGAUGGGGUCAUCCUUGGGUCAAGAACGACCUUCAGCAUACCAGCAUGGGUAUUGUAUGGUGGUGCGCAGGCUUGUUGGGAGUUUGGCUAUCGAGAUCAAGGACCGGCCGGCCCAAGAGAAACAUUCUUCCUGGAGUGGUGAUCCUGCUGACAGGCUGGGCAAUGAGUGCCCACCCGCAGGAUAUCCCACUAAGCACCAUGGUCCAUACCGUCUUUGGCUACACUCUCAUGGCUGCCGGUGCUGGUAGGAUCAUCGAGGUGUCAUUCCUCCUCAAAGACAGCCGAGGAGGCGGUGAAGUCAACAGUUGGCAACACCUCCCACCAUUUCUCCUUUAUGCUUCUGGAUUCCUCUUUAUGGGCGCCACCGAGGAACAAAUGAGAUAUCUCUCAGACGCAGAUGUGACUCACGUCAGCUACAUCCUCAUCCUGUAUUCUAUUGCUUUCAUGUUGUACCUGUUUGUCAACAUACUACUCUACAUCUACGCCAGCCACACGUGGCCCGACGAUGAAAGCAACGGCAUGCGCAGCUCGCAUAGUCGCAGUCGCAGCAUCACCUUGCCUGGUGAUGUUAGCGGCGGUCCAAGCGGAAGUCAUGCAAGGAAACCAAGCCACAUCAAUGGCGGCGCCAUUGGCAACGGACAUAUCGCUCUUCCCACGGGCCCCGCCAACGGCAGCGUGAGAUUGCCUCGACAUCGUGGGACCGACAGCCAACAGGUCCGUGAUGCGGAGGAGUUUGAGCUAGAAGGCUUGAUCAGCGAUGGUGAAGCUGAUGACGCUAGUCCUGUUGAGAGAAAGAAGGAGGAGGCCUGAGGCUUCUAUCCGUCGGUCCAUCAAGACGUGUCAUAUGGAUUUUGCACUUUGUGAUUUGUAAGAGAAGGAGAGAAAGUGUGUGGGUGUAUGUGCAUUAAGAACAGAAUCGGCGUUCGGGGUGGCCAUUGGACGUAGCCCAAUUUUGGUCAUUGAUCUAUCUCCUGAGCAGCUUUUCAUGAAUAUCAUAUAUCUAAAAUAAUAAUCAUGAGCAAUGGAAACGACGGCAUCUUCA